AUGAGCCAGACGCUGAAGGCGCCGCACGAGGAGCUGCCAGCGAAGCAGCCCCGGAACGAGGAGUCGCGGGAGGAGGGGGACGUGCUCGCAGGCGGACCCCGGGGCCGAGAGGCCGGGGUCAGCGGGGCGGAUUGGUCCCGGCAGGGCCUCACUGAAGCCAUGGCCAGGAGCCCCCACCGCGCGCUGCCUCCCUCGCGGGCGCCGUGGGCAGAUGGGUGCCAUCGCAUCUGGCGCAAGCAGCACAAGAAGUGCAAAGACCAGACAGACGAAACUAGCGAGUGGUAUCGCCACAAGCGCCAUGUGCUGGUUUUUACCUACAGCGGCAAGCCGGUCUAUUCGCGCUACGGGGAGGAGGAUGGGCUCAGCGGAACCACUGGAGCUCUGUCGGCCAUUGUGUCGAAAAUGGCCAAGUUCUUCUUCACCAACGGCGCCUCUUCUGCGGACUGCUUGAGGUACAUGUUGGCGGGCGAGCACGUCUUCGUGUUCUUGGAGAAGGGCCCCUUGUGGCUGGUGUGCUUCUCCAGCAGUGGGGACACCUACGCAGACAUGGUGAGCCUCCUCGAGCACGUGCACCAGCAGAUCAUCACCAUCCUCACUGCGGGCAUCGAGAAGACACUGCUGAACCGGCCGAAUUACGACAUGAGGGGGUUGCUGGGAGGCACUGAGCACGUGGUGAACAACAUGAUCCGGUGGUGCGUGCAGGACAUGACCCUCCAGUGCGAGGGCUUCGAGCCCUUGGUGGUGGCCCCCGCCACCCGCGCCGCCGCGCUGGAGGCGCUGAAAAACGCUCGGCUGCCCAACGUGCUCUUCGCCUUCCUGAUGGCCGGGCACAGGAUCCUGGCGGCGGUGUCCAACAGGCAAUAUCGCUUGAGUGCCUCAGAUCUAGGCAUGGUGGUGAACAUCAUCAUGUCCUCCGCCUCGCUACGCACGGGCGAGUCCUGGACUCCGGUGUGCUUGAGCCAGUACAACGACAAGGGCUUUGCGUACGCCUACAUCUCCUUCCUGGAAGGCUCGGAGGUGGGGGUGGUGUUCCUGUCCACCGCCUCGGACGGGGAGCAGUUCUACGCCAUCUCCCAGCAAGCCGCCGCGGUGAAGGAGGCCCUGCGGCAGCCGGGGGUGUUGGAGUGCAUCGACGAGGCGGUGGCUGUGAGCCCCAUCGACCUGGCGGAGAAGGCGAGCUCACCUGCCGCAAGUCCAGGUCCACUGCCACUCCGACGAUCGCUCUUGGUGCCAAGCACGGGCCAGUGGCAGCUGCUGGAGGGCGUGAUACAUGCUGCGUACUACGUCCCCGGGCUGCAGCAGUACUUCUCCUCGCGGGUGGCUGAGUCCUACCAAUCCCGGCACCGGGUGAAGAUGCUCUUCCGGAGCUACGGGCGCUGCCGUCAGCUGCUGCGGGGUGCCAAGGUGCCGUGCCAGAUCUGUGUGGCCACUGACCACGAGUGUGGGGCCUGGGUUUGGAGCAGCCAAGCCGGCCUUUUGGGCCCAUAA